GUUUAUGAAUAGCAUCGGCCUGUCGCUUGCCUAAAGAUGCAGAGAAAAACGCAUUAUUUUCCAUUCAUUGCGCUUCUAUCUUUCCUACUUCUUCCGACGAUUUUUGCAACAAAUUGCAGUUGUCCUAUGUACUAUUGUGGAAGCACUUGUUGCAGUUUGGCUGAAUAUAACCACAUAUAUCCAAUGGCGACUGGAUUUGCAGAAGGAUUCGGGAUCGCACUCUUAUCUAUCAUCGGUAUUUCAGUUGCAGUAACGAGCUUAUGCACAUGCUGCAAAAAAUACGAAUGUAAGAAAGUACGACACGUGCAAAAGAAAAAGCCGAAAAUAACUUAUACUUUUGAAAUAAGAAAAAAAGCGAAAGAAUUGCAGAAAAAUAAGAAGAAAAAAAAAAAUAAAGACACUAAAGAGACGACUGAAAUUGAAAAUGUCUAAUUGCUUUAUCAGUUUGUGUGCGUGUAUAUAUGUGUCAUAGUCUUAUAUGUUUGUAUAUAUAGUUUUUGGGGCUCCCGAAGUAUGCGAACCAAGAUGGCGGACAUCGGAAUGUAAUAUGUGUAC